CACACGAUUAUACGAAUAUUGAUACCGAACUUCGAAUCUUCAAAUACCACAUACCGACUACAGCUAUCGCUUCACUGCAAUCCCCCUACGACACUCUCAAAUCGACUUUCAACAAAGGUGCAACAUUGGAACAUCGCCCCAUCUGCCUAUCUAGCCUUUCGACUCUCUGUGACGCCUUUGGAUCCCAGAAUCCAAAGCUCGAUAUACCAACAACUUGCCCCCCAGCCGUCCCCCAUCGGUACUAAUGGAUAAUUUAUGGACUCGCCGGACCAAUAGCAAGCUUUCUCUUUCAACACCGGCAGCCCCUCCCGCCACCACAGCAGGCCACAACGAUCACCCAACCCGCAACUACACACCCGGGAAGAGGUUUGGCGGUGAUACCUCGUCACAUGGGAAGUCGAAUCCCUUCAACGCCAUCCCACUGGCAUCUCCGGCCGUUUCGUCGCCAACUGCGGGCGCAUCCAGCGCCUUCGGUUUAGGCUCUGGCGCAUUUGCCUCCUUUGGCGCAUCUGCAAAGACGCCAAAAACACCAGGCAGCGCUUUAGAUUUCGGAAAUGUCGUGAGCGGGGCACCGACACCUUCUGGUGAGAAGGGGCCGGCAGAACCUGGCCUCACGCGAUCAGGUCAGAACGCCUCUAGCGCAUCGCUGAGCGAGGCCAAACACCCUCAAGCUUCGGCGCAUACUCUGAAGCAUGGCUGGGUGUUCUGGUUCCGUCCACCGAUCCAAAAAUCGAAUGGCUACCUGGAGUAUGAGAAAACUCUGCAUGCCAUGGCAGCAUUCGACACUGUCGAAGACUUUUUCGCCAUUUACAAACACCUCAAGCGCCCCUCUACUUUGCCACUGGUCUCCGACUACCACAUAUUCAAGAACGGCAUCAGGCCGGUGUGGGAGGAUGAAGAGAACAAGAAGGGUGGGAAGUGGAUUGUGCGACUGAAGAAGGGUGUGGCGGAUCGAUACUGGGAGGAUUUACUAUUUGCCAUCAUUGGCGACCAGUUUGGUGAAGCCAGUGAGGAAGUGUGCGGAGCCGUCCUGAGCGUCAGAAAUGGCGAAGAUAUUCUUAGUAUCUGGACUCGUAAUGACGGCGGCCGCGUCCUCAAAAUCAGGGAGACUAUGAAGCGUGUCCUUGCUUUCCCUCCAGAGACGAAGGUGGAGUGGAAGUCGCACGACUCCAGCAUCGCCCAACGGACUGCAAUCGAUGACGCCCGAAAGGAUAAGAGCAACAACCAGCACUCGUCCGAUAGGCGAAGCGGCGCGAAGGACGAUGAGAGGGCGGAACGAAAGCAGGCCUCAUGAUUAAUGCAAGAGGAUAAGGGCUUGAGUAAUCUUGUUUGUACAAUACUACACUGCAUCUAUGGAAAGCGAGGAUAGGCGGGGGUUUUGGAUCAGAGCAAGGCGGGGUUGGAGCUUCAGUUCUUGCAUUUCAACCCAAGCUUUGGAUUUUUUUUAGUAAUGGGACUGUAUUAUGUAUUAAAGACCUCGAUGACGGCAUGAAGGUGCCGCCGCUGCUGGUCUUGACAGCUUUUGGAUUACAGAUAUGACACUGAGUAGGUAUCAGCUUGUAAUAGUCAACCACUCAGACAGAGGCUGCUCUUGCGGUCGUCGUCAGUUAGCUAGCUUGCAAUGC